AUGUUGGCCAGGAAGAGCAUCAUCCCGGAGGAGUAUGUGCUGGCGCGCAUCGCGGCGGAGAACCUGCGCAAACCGCGCAUCCGGGACCGCCUCCCCAAGGCCCGCUUCAUCGCCAAGAGCGGGGCUUGCAACCUGGCGCACAAGAACAUCCGGGAGCAAGGACGGUUUCUCCAGGACAUCUUCACCACCUUGGUGGACCUGAAAUGGCGCCACACCCUGGUCAUCUUUACCAUGUCGUUCCUCUGCAGCUGGCUGCUCUUCGCCAUCAUGUGGUGGCUGGUGGCCUUUGCCCACGGGGACAUCUAUGCUUACAUGGAGAAAAGCGGGAUGGAGAAAAGUGGCUUGGAGUCCACCGUGUGUGUGACUAACGUCAGGUCUUUCACCUCUGCCUUCCUCUUCUCCAUUGAAGUUCAAGUGACAAUUGGAUUUGGAGGGAGAAUGAUGACUGAGGAAUGCCCUCUGGCUAUCACAGUCCUGAUUCUACAGAACAUUGUGGGUUUAAUCAUCAAUGCAGUUAUGCUGGGCUGCAUUUUCAUGAAAACAGCCCAAGCUCACCGAAGGGCAGAAACCUUGAUUUUCAGCCGCCAUGCGGUAAUCGCCGUCCGAAAUGGCAAACUAUGUUUCAUGUUCCGCGUGGGGGACCUAAGGAAAAGCAUGAUCAUCAGUGCCUCUGUGCGCAUCCAAGUGGUCAAGAAAACCACGACCCCGGAAGGUGAGGUGGUACCUAUUCACCAACUGGACAUUCCUGUUGACAACCCACUUGAGAGUAAUAACAUUUUCCUGGUGGCCCCUCUGAUCAUCUGCCAUGUGAUUGACAAGCGCAGCCCCUUGUAUGAUAUCUCGGCCACUGACCUGGCCAACCAAGACCUGGAGGUCAUCGUGAUUCUAGAAGGAGUGGUUGAAACUACUGGCAUUACUACACAAGCUAGAACCUCCUACAUCGCUGAGGAGAUCCAGUGGGGCCAUCGCUUCGUGUCCAUCGUGACGGAGGAGGAAGGCGUGUACUCUGUGGAUUACUCCAAAUUCGGCAACACCGUGAAAGUAGCUGCUCCAAGGUGCAGUGCCCGAGAGCUGGACGAGAAGCCUUCCAUCCUUAUCCAGACCCUCCAGAAGAGUGAAUUGUCCCACCAGAAUUCUCUAAGGAAGCGCAAUUCCAUGAGAAGAAACAAUUCCAUGAGGAGGAACAAUUCCAUCCGCCGGAACAAUUCUUCCCUCAUGGUGCCCAAGGUGCAAUUUAUGACUCCAGAGGGAAAUCAGAACACUUCCGAAUCCUGACAGCAAGACAACCCCCAGAAAGUCUUUGAUCUGCUGUUGAAGAGUUUCUGCAGGGCAUGGACAUUGCACUGGAGCUGAAACACAAUAAUUUGUCCUUGUUUAUCUUAUUACACUAAAUGAUAUGCAUAUUCCAACAGCAGCACUUUCUGUGUCAAUAAAUGGUAACUCACAAGGUGGAGGGUUCCUGUCUUACACUUGCUUCACCCUUGCAAUAUCACCCUGUCACCCUAAGUGAUAAGCUUAGGUUAUGCAGAGGAAAUGCUCUCAUUUCUGUCCACUUGAAACACAGGAAUUACACGAAUAGUAAUAGACCUUGAAUAUAAAAGUGGGUCAAGAAAUGAUACUGCUUGAAAUGCUUAAUGGGUGACAUCACAGAUGUCUGUUUCUAUGGUUCACCCUGGAAAAGGGAUAGAAUGGGCAAGAGGACCCAAAACUGUGUUUUUCCUAUCUCCCUUUCCCUCUCUUUUUAAAACUGCACCAGGUAAAAAGCUUGAGGCAAAAACUGCUUAGUUCCUUUUUUUUUGUUUUGUUUAUUUUGCUGAUUAAUUUUUAAAUAUUGGAUUGUAUUUGUUCCUCAAAUUGUAUACUAUGAGGAGAAAUAGUAUUAGGAAAAUUGCACUUAAAUGUUAGGCAGGAACAUCUGUGAAAUUGGAAAACAACAACUGAGUUCAAUUCUAAUCAUGUUCCUACAUGAACAUAAUGGAAUCUAACUAGAAACCAAAAUUCCUAUUCUGUUAAAUCAGCUUAUUGCAGUGUAAGGCUUGAUGUUUCGAAGCUAGAAAUCACCCCACAAUAUGAUUGAUGAAUGAAAGUUCCUGUUAACUUCUCAUUCAGGCUAUUGAAAACAUGAACAGAAACUUGCUAAUUUAUUUUUGGAUUUCCCACAGAAAAACUGCUUAGUUCUAAUCACUUCUAAGUGGAUUCUGUUCAUUCACUUGGUUCUUCACAGUGACCUCCAGAGGUUUCUUUGUCCCCUUCAUGGCCACCUGUUGGCAGAACCAGGCAAAGAGCUUUGGAGAACAGCUAAGAACAUUCCUGUCUCACUUAGGACUGAAUUCCCCAAAAGGACAUAUACUUCUUUUGGCUUCUCACUUCUUAAGAGCCUCCAUUAUAGUGAAUAUUUUAUUAAAAUAUUUUCUUGUA